AUGAAAGAGCUUGGAGAACUAAAGCAUUUCCUUAGAUUAGAGAUAGAGUGCUCAGAGAAAGGAUUGUUCCUUGGACAACAGAAGUAUGCAAAGUAUCUUUUGCAAAAGUAUGGCAUGAGUGACUGCAAACCAAUAUCUACAUCGAUGGAGGUUAAUAAAAAGUUUUUCAUGCAUGAAGGAAAAGAUAUUGUAGACUCAACAAUGUAUGGCGAACUGUAUCUAAAGAAUCCUCAUCUUGAAGCAGUUCGAAGAAUUUUAAGAUAUCUAAAAGGAACAAGUGAAUAUGGCAUUUUAUGCAAUAAAUGUGAGGAUUACAAGUUAGAAGGCUUCUACGAUGCUAAUUAUGCUACAGAUCACGUUACACGACAAUCAACUAUUGGUUACGUGUUCGAACUUGGUAAUAGAGCAGUUUUUUUGUCACAUCCCCUCUAA